GCGGAGCUGGCGAGGGCGGGAGGUCCGCGCAGGCGCAGGCGCGCGAACGGGAAGAUGGCGGCCGGGUUCAAAACUGUGGAACCUAUGGAGUAUUACAGGAGAUUUUUGAAAGAAAACUGUCGUCCUGAUGGAAGAGAACUUGGUGAAUUCAGAACCACAACUGUCAACAUAGGUUCAAUUAGUACAGCAGAUGGUUCUGCUUUAGUGAAGCUGGGGAACACUACAGUAGUUUGUGGAGUUAAAGCGGAAUUUGCAGCACCACCAACAGAUGCCCCUGAUAAAGGAUAUGUUGUUCCUAAUGUGGAUCUACCACCCCUGUGUUCAUCGAGAUUUCGGUCUGGACCUCCUGGAGAAGAGGCCCAAGUAGCUAGCCAGUUCAUUGCAGAUGUCAUUGAAAAUUCACAGAUAAUUCAGAAAGAGGACUUGUGCAUUUCUUCAGGAAAGCUUGCUUGGGUUCUAUACUGUGAUCUCAUUUGCCUUGACUAUGAUGGAAACAUUUUGGAUGCCUGCACAUUUGCUUUAUUAGCAGCUUUAAAAAAUGUACAGUUGCCUGAAGUUACUAUAAAUGAAGAAACUGCUUUAGCAGAAGUUAAUUUAAAGAAGAAAAGUUAUUUGAAUAUUAGAACUCACCCUGUGGCAACUACCUUUGCUGUGUUUGAUGACACUUUGCUGAUAGUUGACCCUACUGGAGAAGAGGAGCAUCUGGCAACAGGAACCUUAACAAUAGUAAUGGAUGAGGAAGGCAGACUCUGUUGUCUUCAUAAACCAGGUGGAAGUGGACUCACUGGAGCUAAACUUCAGGACUGUAUGAGCCGUGCAGUUACAAGACACAAAGAAGUAAAAAAACUCAUGGAUGAAGUAAUUAAUAGUAUGAAACCCAAAUAAAAAGUCACAUAUUCCGAACAGAUUUGUAAAAACUAUAUUGUUACACUGUGCACAAACUUUUUAUACUAAAUAAAUAUCAAACUACAUUCUUCUGAAA